AUGAAGUCAUUAUCUGUGUGUCACCUUUGUAUUACACCUCCUGGGGCAUGCUGUCCAAUUUGUGGAGGAUCACUCCGCAUAUUAUACUCAAGAAAACAAAUAGACAGGGCUUUAUAUGCUUUACAGAAUCAGACAACCAAGUCGUUGAAUCUCAUAUCAGUUCUGCGUGCAUUAGAACGUCAAAUUCAGUUAGCUCAAUGCACAUUGAGAGGCUUUGUAACAGUGGAAUUAGAUAUAUUUGUAACUGUGCAGAGUACAGAGAGAUACCCAUCAGAGCUUCAACUCGAAGCUUGCAUAAGAGAAGCUGAAAAAAUCGCAAGUUUAGUGAACAUGCAAAGUCCACGGAUUGCCAGUGAAUUAAGUUUAAGCUCCUUAACAGUAGCCAGUGUGGUUCAUACCCAAGUUAGUGCGAGUACAAGCAAUCACGUCAACUUCAUUAACUACCUGUUCCCAUUAAUCAUACUUUUAUUAUUAAUCAACAGAGAUUUUUUGUAAAAUUUGACUGAUAUUAUUAACAUGACGUGUGCAUAAAAUGAGCAACUGUAAUACCUACAAAUCUUAAUGAUAAUUUUGGAUGUACCUUAAUCUCUGUAGUAAUUAGGUACUAUGAAAAUGUUGAGUACAUAGAAAAGUUGUUUUAAAUUUAUCACAAUUUUGUGCCAAUUGUAAAACAUAGGCCAGUUUUUCAGCUACUUUCAGUACUGUUCAAAACUUCGAAAUAUUUUCCAUAUCUAGUUUUUCAAAACAAAGUUAAUAUAUAUAAGGAAGUAAAUAUCUGUGAUAUUGUAAUAUAUUAAGAGAUUACUAAUUAUUACAUAAAGAUUUUUUAAAUGAAAGUUUCAGACUGUUUGUAUAUAUGUAAUUGUAAAUAAUGUUUUUAUAAUCAGGUGCCUUUUUAAAAAAACAUAGUAUAAUAACAUCACGUUGUGGACUGUAGCAAUUGCAAAAUUUAUUAUUUAAUUGUUAACUGUGUUUUAUGUUACCAAAGAAUGUUAUGUUUAUUUUAAGGAUUAUAUGAUUUCUUAUUACAAAUAAAGUUUAUAAAUUUCUAAAUGAAAUUUAUUGCACAUAGUCAAAAGUCAUAAGAUUUCUUGUUACCUAUUUGUAGACAGUGGUGUGGGAAGUGUUUUGGAAAGUCCUCUUGGUUUGUGAAAAUUAACUCCCACACUGAAAGAUAUCCACCAAGUGAGGGACUUU